AACGCCCCCCCCGGUUCCGUGGGAGCAGGCAGCCGCUUUUGGUUCCGCUUCAAAAACAAGUAUAAGCCGAUCAGGUCGCAGAUGUUUCCAACAAGUUCAGGGGGCGCCAUGGAGGGACUUUAUUUUGAGGCGAAGCCCACGAGCCACGCGUCCCGCGGCGCCCGCGUACCUUCGGAGACCGCUCCGUCACUUCCACCCGAGACGACUGGCGGCGAUUUGACGGGAGAGGCGGAGGAGGUCCGCUACGAGCUGACCUUGGUGGGUUCCCUCCCGGUCCACCCCGCGACCACGACGGCGAUGCUUCCCUGGGUGGUGGCCGAGAUCGGCCGGUCGCGGGAGCCGGGCUCCGCCGCGUGUCUGCGCGUGACGCCGUCGUGGGUGCGCUGUGUUUGCGCGGAGGCCCGGGGACUGCCGUGGGACCCCUUGACCCACACGGUGCUGUUCGAGUGCCGAGCCCACCGCGUGGCCAAGCUCAUCCACGACAGCCAGGACCCCGCCAGCUUCGGGUGCCUGCUCAGAGAUGCGUCGCACUGCGCCUGCUACGUCUUCAAGUGCCGCGAGAGCGCCAAGGUCCCUGAGAUCAUCAGUACGCUCCGGCAAGCCGGCAAAAGCUCUGCACGCGGCGAUGACGUCCUCGUCGCUCCCAACAAGACUUUGGCGGUCCCCAGCGACGCCCAGCCAUCGGAACGGCACCUCAGCGGUUCUUCUCUUCCCGCCUUGGCCUCCAAGCCGGCCCUGUCGCCCACAACCUUUGCCAAAAAGUUUGAGGUGCUCUUUUGCGGCCGUGUGACCGUCGCCCACAAGAAGGCCCCCCCGGCGCUCAUAGACGAGUGCAUUGAGAAGUUCAGCCAGUUAGCUCGGGCCUCGGGGAUCGCGAGAAGAGGGGUAAACAACGGCGGGUUGGCGGGCGGCCUGAGGCGGGCGUUAGCCUUCCAGUCGAACGGACCGAGGAGUCCGAGCUUAGGCGACGGCAAACGGCCGCCGCUGUUCCAACGGGACCCCAGCUUCCCGUCUCUGCGGGCCCUGGAUGAGAACGGCCUCUCGCCGGAGAUCUCUCAAGCCAACACUACAGAGGCGCAGGCCCACCCGGCCGGGGUGCGGCCCACCAGCCUGCAGGAGAACAGGACCAUGCUGUUCACGGUGGGCAGGUCGCAGAUCUUUUUGGUCAGUCCGGACACUAAGAAGGUUGCCAUCGAAAAGAGUUUCCGAGAAAUCUCUUUCUGCUCACAAGGUAUUCGGCACGUGGACCACUUUGGCUUCAUUUGCAGGGAGUUUGUGGAAAUGGGAAGCUGCCAUUUUGUGUGUUACGUCUUUCAGUGCACCGAUGAAUCAUUGGUGGACGAGAUCAUGCUGACCUUGAAGCAGGCGUUCUCCGUAGCAGCUUUGCAGCACAAUGCGAAGAACCCGAGCCAGCAGUGUGACGGCUGCCCCGUGCUGCAGCUGCACAAGCUCUGCGAGAGAAUAGAAGGUCUAAAUGCAUCCAAAACCAAACUAGAGCUUCAGAGACAUUUGGCUACUCUGGACAACCAGGAUCAAGCUGCAGUCUUUGAGAGUACCAUGAAGUCUCGUCCUAAGAGUGAACAGGAAGAAAAUGAGCACGUAAUGGCGUCUUUGAGAAACUUGUAUGAGGAGAGACAGAAGCUCCAUCAUCAUCAUCAUCAUCAUCAUCAUCCUCUGCCCAAGGACACCAAACAGAACGAGGAGAGGGCUGCCGCCCCAGUUGAGGCGCAGCCGCAAAGUAGCAGCCGACAGCGUCUUGAGCAGUUCAAGAGUCGAGCGAAGCGCUCUCUGACCGAGUCCUUGGAGGGGAUAUGGAAGGGAAGCAGCAAGGCCGUUUCUCAACCAGACAGCAGUGAAAGAAGCCACAGCACCUCCUCCAUUUCCACUGUCAAUAGCCAGAACCGGUCCCGCUCAGAUGACCCCCUAGCUAACGCCUCCCGAUUGAUACCCACCGGCUCGCUCAGGUGCCACAACUCGACCGGAGACCUGAAGCAGCUCGACCCCUUUGCCUCCCCGUCCCCCGGCCCCUCCUCCUCUUCGCCAGGUGACGCUCAGCCGCUGGGCUUCCGGAGACGGGCCAGCACCUUCAGCCACCCGCGUACUCCCUCCUCGUCGGAUGAUUCCCCGACGGGCACGUUAAGUUGCACGCCGCGGCAGGACCCUGCGGCUGCUUCGAAGCCCAAACUCUUGCGACACUACUCGGUCAGCACCGACAAGCCGCACCAGAGCAAACGCCUUCCGUCCGACACUGCCCUUCCUCCCGUUCCUAACUGCUCCUCAUCCUCCUCUCUUCUGCUCCCUCCUUCCUCUCCUUCAACCGGAGCAAGGCUCAGUAAAAGACGUCCUCUGGGUGGACUGCGCGCUCGACUCCACUCCUCCUCCUCUGUUCCUAACUUUUUGAAAUUUCAAUUCCUGGCCCCUGUUGAAGAAAACGACUGCCCAGAACCAAAAAGCAGAGAUGUAGCAGCCCUCUAUGUAUCAAGUGCAGAAUAUGGCGUGGGAGACAGCCCGUUGCGCAGUCACCGACACUCCUGGAGGCAGCAGAUCUUCCUGCGGGUCGCGACACCUCAGAAAAACACAGACGUCAUUGAGCGUGGCGAGUGCCUCGAUGGGGGUCGGGCAUGCGGGGGCCCAGCUGCAGUCGCAGGAAGCGUGGACUUGUCCAUGAGGGCGCUGCCCGAAGAGAGAAGCAGGAGGAGCAAAGAGGAGCUGAGGGAACUGUGGAGGACUGCCAUCCUGCAACAAAUCCUCCUGCAGAGGAUGGAACGAGAGAACCAGAAACUGCAGGCUUCUGAGAGCGAUUUGCAGAACAAGCGUCUCAAGCUGGACUACGAGGAAAUCACUCCGUGUCUGAAAGAGAUCACGCUGGUCUGGGAGAAGAUGCUGGGAACCCCUGGAAGGGCAAAAGUCAAAUUUGACAGCGAAACCGUACGUGCGUCAGUUGCUCAAGGGGUGCCCAGGCAGCAUCGGGGCGAGAUCUGGAAGUUCCUCUCGGAGCAGUACCUGCUCAAGCAGACGACGGCAUCCCGGCCGCCGGCCAACGGGGCGCCGUACAAGGAGCUGCUCAAACAGCUCACCUCGCAUCAGCACGCCAUCCUCAUCGAUCUGGGUCGCACUUUUCCCACCCAUCCCUAUUUCCAAGCCCAGCUGGGGCCCGGACAACUGUCUCUGUACAAUAUCCUGAAGGCAUACUCGCUGUUGGACCCUGAGGUCGGGUACUGCCAGGGCUUGUCCUUCAUCGCUGGAGUUUUGCUUUUGCACAUGGGCGAAGAAGACGCAUUCAGCAUGCUUAAAUUUCUCAUGUACGACGUCGGCCUGCGCAAACAGUACCGGCCCGAUAUGAUUAUCCUGCAGAUUCAGAUGUACCAGCUGUCGCGUCUGCUUCACGACUAUCACCGGGACCUCUACGGCCACCUGGAGGAGCAGGAGAUCGGGCCCAGCCUGUACGCCACGCCCUGGUUCCUCACCGCCUUCGCCUCACACUUCCCCCUCGGCUUCGUUGCCAGAGUCUUCGAUAUGCUGUUCCUCCAGGGGCCGGAGGUCAUCUUCAAGGUGGCCCUGAGUCUCUUGGGGAGCCACAAACCUUUGAUCUUGCAACACGACAGCCUGGAGUCCAUUGUGGACUUCAUCAAGACCACCUUGCCCAACCUGGGCCUGGUGCAGAUGGAGAAAACAAUCAAUCAGGUUUGUGAGAUGGACGUCUCCAAGCAGCUGCAGGCCUACGAGGUGGAGUACCACGUCUUGCAGGAUGAACUCCUGGACACGCCCCCGAGCCUCAAUCAACACCAGCGCGCCGCACAGCUGGAGAGGACCAAUCAGAGCCUGAGACAGCAGAACCUGGAUCUCCUGGAGGAGCUGCAGGUGUCGAACGCUCGGGUUUGCAGCCUGGAGAGUCGAGUGGCGGCGCUGGCGCAGUCGGAGAGCCGUCUGAAGGAGCGAGUUUCUUCUCUGGAGCUGGAGAAGCAGCAGCUGGCGAGCACGACCGCCCGCCUCGUCGACCUGCUCGCCGGCCUGGGGGUCCCGACGGGCCCCGACGGUCGCAGGCUGUCCCCGGCGGACGCGGAGUCGACGCGGGAGGCUCUGACUUUGGACUCGGACUCCCCCCGCCAACCCGAGCCUGUCGUGGAGAAGGUGCUCAAUGGACAAGGGGAGACUUGAUUGUCGCCAUCUUUCGCUUCUUUCAUUCGACGGAAAAAGGAGAAUCAUUGUGAUAAACAAGCUUGUGAUUGGACCAGCCAAUCCCAAAGAUGGCACUGCCCCCCCCCCCCCCCCCACCAAUCACGGGCCGCACUUGAACUUCUUUCUGCAACCCGUGCGGCCGCUUGUUCCCAAAGAACCAAAACGAGAGCGAGCGACUGAGGACAGUUCACGAGUCAAACCAAAUGGAAAAAGUCCACCUAAAGAAAGCGUAGUCGUGACUGCAUUUCAUAUUUCUUUUGCCGUUACAGGAGGAAGAACAUGACGUCUCUGUAGUUGAGCCUCCAGUAAGUCUGUUUUUUUUUUUUUUUUUUUUUUAAUUUAAAUGACCUCGAUUAUGAACACGCACUGCAUCGCUUACACUGUAUUCCUCCCCCCUCCCCCUCCCUCCCCCCGCCACAGCAUCAGCAUUUAAGUCGCCUGUGCAACAAUCACUUUGAGUUACACUGUAAACAUUUUAUGCCACGCAUCACUUUGUUUUAUUUGAAAUGAUUAUUCUGUUAUAGGCGAUCGUGAAAUAUAUUCCAUAUCAUUUCAGCACAUCUGAGACCGUUUUUGUGCGUGUGUGUGUGUAAAGGUGUCGCGCAUGCUUAAAGAUGGCGUUUGUGUGCCUCUUUCUUGUCUCUUUAAACAAACACUAUUUGCUUGAUAUCAAUAUUGAAGAUAUGCUAAUACACGGGAUGAAGAAAUAAUGCCAGCUUGUUUCCAGGAAUUCCUGGUGGGGGCGGAGAAAGUGUGUCAGCACAAGUUUGUGUCUUUGUUAGCUUGGCGGGCGGGCGGGCGUGCGUGUCGCGCGACUCGUCCACAAAGAAUGAAAAUAGAACUUUGAGGAAAUAUUCAAUUUUAUUUCGAGAGCAAAAGUACUGCAGAUAAUGAUAAAACGAUUCAUACCAUUCUGAAUCUUCGAUGAAAGUUCUUGCAAAAUUUCAUUUUCAGUCUUCCGUGUUUGACACACAUCGACAAGAUUGUCGUGAGCGAUUCUGUCAAAUUUUCAUUGCGAUAAGUUCAAUUUGUUCCAUGGCAAAGUUCUCAAAUAUUGCACGUCUAUUCAAAUGAAUGGAAAAGCUAUUAAUCGGUUCCAGAGUGAGACCCUAGCAGGGGCGUGUACCCCCCCCCUCCCCCCCCGUUCCUUUAUGGGCUAAAAUCCUCAAGAGGUUUCUCAGACUCACGUGUGAAAUUGCUGAAAUCUUUUGGACUUUUUGUCAUCGAUCCUCUCGCGAUGUUGAGUGCACCUUUUUGUGCAGGUUGCGCCGCUUUGCCCAACAUUUCAGUACCGGCGACUUUCGUGUACUUGUUUCUGUAGUUUUGUACUCAAUUUAUUGUGCUGUCCCACAUUUCAAAAGCAAUGUCUGAUUUCAAUUUGUUGCAAUUCAGUAAAUGUUGUUCUUUGAGCGCC